AAAAAAAAAAAAAUACACACAGGCACACGUACACACGCACACAAUCGCGUGCUUAGAAAUUUUGCAUUUCUGUAAAAUACAAUAUAUUAAUAUUUUGCGAAAUUCAUUGUAAAUAUUAGUUAAUUGUACUAUGGAUAACAUUAGUGAAUUUGACAUUAAACUAGAAAAAGAUAUCUAUUAUGCAGGCGAAAUUAUUCAUGGUCAUGUAAUCUUGCAUACAACUGAGAACUUCAAGUUACGAUCAAUGAGAUUGUCAUUGCGAGGUCAAGUUCAUGCCGAAUGGAAAAUUUUAGUUAGCGGCGACAGGAGAAAUGUAAAGGAUGAUCAAUAUUUUGUUGACGAGCGUAUCGUAGUGUGGGGUCAUGAUUCAUCCGAAGGCCCUAUUCCAAUUUUACCACGUGGGAAACACCAAUUCCCAUUUACAUUUAAUUUACCGGAGAGUGCUUUGCCAUGUAGCUUCGAAUCUCGCACUGGUUAUGUGCGUUAUUAUGUAAAAGCAACGGUCGACAGACCUUAUGCGAGUCCUCCGCAAGGACUAAAGUACUUUACAUUAAUCGGACCUCAUAUUGACUGCAUGGACGAGCAGUAUUUGAAACCUAUGAUAGGAACCGAAGUACGCACAUCUUGUUGCUUCUGCUGUAGAAGAAAUCCUGUUGAAUUGAGCGCUCAGUUAGAAAGAAGCGCAUAUGUUUGUGGUGAAAGUAUAAAGUUGAGGGCUGCUAUUGACAACAAAGGAAUCGAGAAAGCCUGGCUACAUAUUAAAUUAACUCAAUAUGUUGAAUUUUUUAUCGAUCGAGGUGUUCUUGGUACGAGUAAAGAGCUCCAAAAAGUUGUUAUGGAGUAUAAAGGUGAACCAGUUCCACCGGGAACUGCAAUUAAGUGGGAUUCAUCUAAGAAAAUGAUUCUCCCUGUUUGUCCUCCAACUUUAGUUGGUGUGUGUCGUUUAAUACAAAUUUAUUAUGUCUUAAAGGUAAGUCUGUAAUGAUCUUGUAUUCGUUUAGACUAUUGGUAUUGAAAA